AUGGCCAACCCACCGCCACAAAGGAGCGCGCCGACACCUUGGCGCGAGUGUGCGCCGCCACGUCUGACUUCCCUUUGCGGAGCUCGACCCUGCAUUGCGGGAGGUGCGUCUCCGGAGUGCGCCGGGGCCUGGCGCGCUUCACUGCGAGGCCCUGCGCCAACUGCCCCCCGCCGCCUGCAAGGAACUCGCGGCCGCAUUCAACAGGAGCAUCGGCGACAGUGGCGUUCCGGCUUCCUGGGAAGCGGGCAUUGUGACUGCCCCGCCCCUCAAGCCUGGGAAGCUGGGCAAAUGCUUCCCACCUCGCUUCGGCCCGUCGCCCUCACCAGCUGCCCGCGUAAGCUCGCGGAAAGAAUUGCGGCGCGACGCAUCCGCGGCACUGUUGAAGCCCAACUUCUUCCCUAG